CCCCAUGUCCCUCCUGUGUCCCUUGGGGACAUCGGGAACCCCUGGGGACAUCGGGGACCCGCGGGGACACGGAUCCGGAAUGUCCCCAUGUCCCUUUCCUGUCCCCAAGGGACGCCGGGGACCCGCGGGGACACGGAUCCGGAAUGUCCCCAUGUCCCUUUCCUGUCCCCAAGGGACAUCGGGAACCGCGGGGACACGGAUCCGGAAUGUCCCCAUGUCCCUUUCCUGUCCCCAAGGGACGCCGGGGACCCGCGGGGACACGGAUCCGGAAUGUCCCCAUGUCCCUUUCCUGUCCCCAAGGGACGCCGGGGACCCCUGGGGACAUCAGGGACCUGCAGGGACACGGAUCCGGAAUGUCCCCAUGUCCCUCCCAUGUCCCCAAGGGACGCUGGGAACCCCUGGGGACAUCUGGAACCCUCCGGAAUGUCCCCUGGGGACAUCGGGAACCCUUGGGGACACGGAUCCGGAAUGUCCCCAAGGGACGCCGGGAACCCCUGGGGACACGGAUCCGGAAUGUCCCCAUGUCCCUCCCGUGUCCCCAGAGGACACUGGGGACCUGCAGGGACACGGAUCCGGAAUGUCCCCGUGUCCCUCCCGUGUCCCCAUGUCCUUCCCGUAUCCCCAGAGGACACUGGGGACAAAGAUCUGGAAUGUCCCCAUGUCCCUUUCCUGUCCCCAUGUCCCUCCUGUGUCCCCAUGUCCCCUGGGGACAUGGACCGAGGUGUCCCCAUGUCCCUCCUGGUGUCCCCAUGUCCCUCAGAGACACUGGGGACCCUUGGGGACACAGAUCCAGAUGUCCCCAAGACCCUUGGAUGUCCCCAAAGGACAUUGGGGACCCUUGGGGACACGGAUCUGGAAUGUCCCCAUGUCCCUCCUGUGUCCCCAUGUCCCUCCUGUGUCCCCAGGGGACACUGGGGACCCUUGGGGACAUGGAUCUUGGUGUCCCCAUGUCCCUCCUGGUGUCCCCAUGUCCCUCCUGGUGUCCCCAUGUCCUUGGGGACAUGGACCGAGGUGUCCCCAUGUCCCUCAGAGACACUGGGGACCCUUGGGGACACAGGUCCAGAUGUCCCCAAGACCCUUGGAUGUCCCCAAAGGACAUUGGGGACCCUUGGGGACAUGGACCAAGGUGUCCCCAUGUCCCUUUCCUGUCCCCAUGUCCCUCCUGAUGUCCCCAUGUCCCUCCUGGUGUCCCCAUGUCCUUGGGGACACAGAUCCAGAUGUCCCCAAGACCCUUUGAUGUCCUCAAAGGACAUUGGGGACCCUUGGGGACACGGAUCCAGGUGUCCCCAUGUCCCUCCCGUGUCCCCAUGUCCUUGAGGACAUGGACCGAGGUGUCCCCAUGUCCCU